CCCAAUACUGCCGAGCUGUAUGCAGUGCAAAUCGCCCAAUGACGACAUGAAAUCAAUCUGAAAUGUCUGGUAAUAUUUUAAGGCAUGCCUUCUAACCCAGAAACUGGUCCCAAUGGCGGGACCAUGGCCAAUCUCACGACUGCAUUUCCAACAUCCUUUGUAUAUGUUCAGUUCGAUCCUAACAGCAAUGAGAAGCGCAAGAACGCCAAGAGCCACGCAGUUCGGCAGGGAAUUUUAACCAAGAGACAAACUCAGACCAGAGACGGCAACAAUUUUAAGCAUUAUUCACCCUCACCGGCACGGUUGCAGUGGGAGCCGUUUGAUGUGCUGCCUGUGCCUGGGUCGCGGCUCAAGAGGCUUUUAAAUACCCCUAUCGCGUCUCGAUUGGUAGAACCCGUGUUCAGCUUGGAAGGCGACAACUCCUUUCUAAGCUACCAGACGGUCUUUCGCACUGGCUUUCAAGAUGAGGCCCUACCGCAUGCUCUUAUGACGCUUUUGACGCAUCAGCAACCAUCUAAUACCGACCACUACAAGCAUAAGAGUGCCGCAAUCGGCGUUAUCCAGCACCGUCUUGCUUCGACCCAGACUGCUGUGCUUCCGUCCACCAUUGGUGCUAUUCUCAUGCUCGCCAGUGUAGAGUGCCAUCUAGAAAAUAUAUCCGGCGCGGAGACGCAUCUAAUUGGCGUCAAGAAUAUCCUCGCCCUGGCGGAUAAAACCAAAAGCCACCUACCAGACCAGCUACGACGAGCCAUCUUCUGGCAAGACUUGAAUUCAUCGCUGCUUAUUGGUACGGCGCGUGUUUUCGAGUGUGCAUAUUUUAUUGAUUCCCCGCUGCCAACUUCGAACACACCGAAAAAUGUGCCGCAUGGGUUUCAGAGACAACGUCACCAGCUAGGCGACGAUUUUGUUGGUGCUGUCUCACAGCUCAUGGAACUCGAAGCCACUUGCCAAAAUGCUGAUGCAAAACACGACGCUGCCACAAUGGCUACCAUUGAUGAUCAGCAGGCUCUUAUUGAAGACCGUUUAUAUCAUUGUUGGAAUAAGGCUAGGACUACUGCCAACACUCUUCUACAAGCAUGCGCGCUUGCUGCGUACAUUUGCACAUACAUGAUGCAUACGGACAUUUGGCAGAAUCACAGAAUCCCCUCUGCAUGCGCGUUUAAAUUACUUCAGCUCUUAGAAGCCCAAGAUUUGGCCGUCUACCAGGAUGUGUACCUCUGGCUACUGGUCAUUGGUGGCACGCUUUCUACGCCGGACGUCCAGCAGCGAUAUACAAAACUUUGGCAGACAUCGCUUGAUAUUAAAAAAAGCGACUGGAAAGAUAUCGAUGCGACUUUACAAGGAUACAUAUGGCCUCGCAAGAUUUCAAAUAUGUGCAAGGCUGCCUGGAGAAAGUUCAUUCCAUGAAUUCAUUACAACAUUAUAUCUACUACUGACUAUACUUUUGCAACCACGCAAUCAUGGCCUUGACACCCACCUCGAACUGCUCUCCAAAGUACACCGCCAAGUGGUGUCCCUGCAAGUCCACAAACUCCUUGGGCUCAGCCAUGGUCUUGAAGGUCUCAACCUGUGUGGCGUAUGAAGACGCAACGGGAUCAUCUGUCGCUGCCAGGAGCAACACUGGAGUAGGGCUGAUCUUGGGGAAGUAUACUCCGGGGCGAGCCUUGUAAAUCGAGUGCAGCGAUGUGAUGGCGACUUUGUUGUCAAACUUGUUUCCGCCCUCUUCGGUCAACUUGAAGGCACCUUGCGCCCAGUUGUACGCCGUGUCGUCCGACAGCAUAGACUCGCCCUUGCCUGUGCGAUCAACAUCCGACACUGGCCAAAAGCGCCAAAAAUCGGCCUUUUCGUUGGCUGCGUCGCGACCAAGUGCACGCGUUUCGGCAUACUUUUCAUGCAAGUACGGAGGCCAGUUGUUGUAGUCGUAUUCGCCACUCUGCGAGGGCAUGGUUAGGAUGACACCUGAAAUACGGCGAUCAAAGGCCGCAGCACUAAGACAUGUUAGCGUUGAGAAGUGGAAGGCGACCGACAGAAUCAACUUACGUUCCUGCGGCACCGCCAGAGUGGCCAAUACCCCAGAUAAAGACCUUGUCAGCGUUGACGCCUUCAAGGGUCUUGACAAAUGUUACAGCGGCCGAGUAGUCAUCAGCCUGCGCGUUUAAAUCGACUUCGUUGCGAGGAGAGCCUUCAGAGUGACCAAAGUUGCGGUGGUCGUAGGUGAGGGCGUUGAAGCCAGCUUGCUGGAAACGCGUGGCCCAGUUUUGCAGAUAAUGCUCCUUGAGCAGUGCAAGACCUUGUGUCAGAAUGACCGUGGGCGCAUUGGGUGUUUCUGUGCGGAAGAGGUUGCCGCGGAGGAGCAGGCCGUCGUAGGCGGGAAAUUCGACGCGGGUCCAGGCUGCCAUGGUGAAGUCUGUGUGAGGUUUAAGGAUGGUGAGGAUUAUAAUUUAGGAAUGAUAGGUGACGUCGGAGAGCUACAUAUAUAUAGAUCUAGACGCGUGAUUUAUGAUUAGGAAUCGAAGAAGCGAUUAGCUUGGUUUGUAAGGCCAUCUAUGAAGCUAUUCCCAAAUAGGUUGUAGGUAGUUACCGAAUUGGGAAGGACGGCAAUCGUAAAUCUGGAGCGUCGAUUAGAAAUGCAUCUGGGAAAAUUAUGGCGCCGCCUAUGACUGUGCAAUUUCACCAUCGUGAACAAUUUCUCUAUGAAUAGACAACCCAAAUCACGGUGAGCGCGUCGAAUGAGUCUUUCGGAUGCAGG